CAGAUUGCUGGGUAUCGCUGAACACGACUACCCGAUCACAUGUAUAAAAGCAGUCUGGUUUAAAUUACUCACGUCUGUUGCAAUAGCUCAUAAGAUAGUUUGAAAGUUUCGUGAUUGUUCAUAAACUCAGAGAUAAAAGGAGACUUUGCCGUUAAUUUUUCAGACUGACCAUGCUGAACGUUGUUUUCGUAAUUGCCGUUCUGGCGGUGGGUGGCACAUCAGCAUCGACUGAAUGGGGAUACACAGAGGAAAAUGGGCCCUAUACCUGGUACAAGCAUUUUCCGAUCGCCCGAUCUGGCAUCAGACAAUCGCCGAUCAAUAUCGAUUCGUUUGAGGCGGAGUACGACGAUGCUCUCACGGACAUUCACCUUGAGGUCUCCUACCAAGCGGAAGACGAUGUCACGCUGAAGAACAACGGACACAACUUACAGUGUCAAAUCACCCAGCUUGGAUAUUUGACCGGUGGUCCCCUUGGCAACCAGCAAUUCAGGCUGGAGCAGUUCCACCUGCACUGGGGAUCACAUGACACCCGGGGAUCGGAGCAUACGAUUGACGGGGAGCAGUUCGCAGCUGAGCUUCACCUCGUCCACUGGAACACUAAGUAUGACAGCUUCGCGGAGGCUGUUGACAAGAGUGACGGACUUGCCGUUCUCGGGGUUAUGAUCAAGUCCGGCAUAGAGAAUCCCUUCUUCUCCGUCGUGUCGGACAACUUAGGCGGGUUGAUCCAAGCUCAUAGCGAGGACACCAUCCCCAGCUCCCUGGACCCUACCGACCUGCUUCCAGGUGACAUCAGCGCCUACUGGACGUACGAGGGCUCUCUCACAACCCCGCCCUUGUUUGAAAGUGUCCAAUGGAUUGUCUUCAAAGAACCCGUAGAAUUCUCUCAUAGCCAAUUGGACGCUCUUCGGAGUCUCAUUGAUUCAGACGGCAAUGCAAUGCAGGACAACUUCCGGCCUCCACAACCAAUAAACGGGAGACAAGUCAGGGCUUCCUUUUAAUGAGACCCAGUUUUGAAUAACUUCCCUUACAAUAUAGAAAGCGUUUACAGCAGCAGACAUUCAAAACGGUGUACUUAUUGCACGCAUACAAAAGUUUAGGUCACACAUAAAAAAGUUUGUUCAUGUUUAAUACCACAUAAGUUGUAUAAAGACACGAGGAGCCCAUGAGGAUUAAAUGCAACUAUUUGUGCAUCAUUUUGUGUGGGCAUUACUCACACGAAUUGUGAUUGCAAUUCUAAGAUACCUAAAUACUUAUAACAUUUAUUUGUAAACAUUCAUGGUUUAUUGAAUUAUAACAACGUUCGUCUGAUGAAAAAUAGAUAUUGUUGAAGGGA